AUGGCAACAGUAAGGACUCUGAUUGGGGUAGCAGUUAAGAUGGGAUGGGAAGUGUUUCAAUUAGAUAUGAACAAUGCCUUUCUUCAUGGUGAUCUACAUGAAGAAAGAAAGUUCACUCAGAACCUCCUAAAGGAAUUUGACUGUAUUGGAUGUGCAACUGUGACUUCACCUCUUGACCCAACAAUAAAGUUGAAAGCAGAUAAAGGAACACCCCUUUCAGACCCUGUCCAUUAUAGGAAACUAGUUGGGAAACUGAAUUUCCUUACAGGAACUAGGCCUGAUAUAGCCUAUAGUGUUCAAAACUUAAGCCAAUAUAUGGAGAAUCCUAGAGACACUCGCCUAAGGGCAGCAGUACAUGUAUUGAGAUACUUGAAAGGAAGCUUAUCUCUGGGGAUUUUCUUGUCUAACAGUAGAGACUACAGGGUAAGGGCCUUUUGUGACUCUGAUUGGGCAGCUUGCCCUGAAACCAGGAAGUCAGUCAAUGGUUACAUAGUAUUGCUUGGUGACAGUCCCAUUAGUUGGAAAUCCAAGAAGCAAUCUACUAUUUCAUUGUCUUUGGCAGAAGCUGAGUAUAGAGCAAUAAGAAAAGUAGUUGGGAAAUUAGUCUGGCUUGCAAGACUGCUUGAGGAACUAACAGUACCUCUAUCUCUGCCUAUACCUGUUUUCUAUGAUAGCCAAGCUGUACUUCACAUUGCAAAGAACCCUGUCUUCCAUGAGUAG